AUUUUCCGUUUUAGUUUCGUAGAUUUACACCAGUAAAAUAAUCCUAUAAAGAAAGACGAGUGAAAGUGUAGACGUGAAAAGAAAAUGGGAUGCAAGCGGACUUGCGUGCAAACAAUUUUCAAGAAAGUCUAUUACAAACUGGGAAGAUAUUUGUACCGGAACCCGGCGAGUUUCAUAAUAGUUCCGUGCUUUCUCACUUUGAUUGGUGCAAUUUAUUUUGACACCAGCGACAAUGCUCAUCAACAUGAUCUCAUUAUCAUACAAGGCGGUGAAGUCAGCAAGGCACACACAAGAAGCAAACUCUAUUUUGAAGGCGGCAAGCUUCCAGAUGACGUGGAGAACUCCGGCGAACACAAAUUAGUCAAACGGGAAAUUGAAAAAGAAGAAAAAGCAGUUGAAUAUCGCUUCCAAGACGAAGUGCAAGCAGUUAUUCGGACCAGAAACGGAUCCACAAUUUUCACUCGUGCCGUGUUCAACAAAAUCCUCGCGAUCCACAAGCAAUUCGUGAAAUUCUUCGGCGAUCGGUGUCGCAAUUGUGAAGGGUCAAAAUUGUUGGAACUGGACGACAUCGUCGAUUCAUUGGAUAGAAACGAGUUCAACUUGACAUGGCCUUCUUUCCUGCAUCCGAAUCGAUUCGAGGCUUACUUGUUGCCCGGGUCACUCGGAAAACCGGAAGUCAGAUUGACACCAGCGACAAUGCUCAUCAACAUGAUCUCAUUAUCAUACAAGGCGGUGAAAGAACGCACUCAAUAUGAAAUCGAUUACAUGAACCUGUACAAGAAGUUGGACGCCCAAUUUCCAGACCUGGAAAUCGGAACUCAUGGUGCAAAUGGAGCCGAAGCUGCGGAUAAACAAACAAAGCUGGACAUGAUCAAGGAUUUUGUGCCCUUUGCAGCUGGUCUAACCCUGGCAAUCAGCAUUAUUUCCAGUUGGCAAUGCGACCCGCUCAAGCAGGAAUUAAGCUAUGUGAAAAGAGUCGGUAUUGAUGACACAUUUGUCAUGCUUGCUGCGUGGAGAAACACGAACCCGGCGUUGAGUUCGGAGGAACGAAUGGGACAGGUUUUCUCUGAUGCUGCAGUGGCCAUCACUGUCACGUCCAUCACGGAUGCCCUGUCUUUCUGGAUUGGCACUUACACUCCGCUGAAGCUGUGCCAAGUUUUCUGCAUUUACGCAGGGACUGGAAUGAUAGUUUUGUACUUCUAUCAACUGUUCCUCUUCGGUGCGACAUUGGCAAUUUUUGCUCGAUUGGAGGAGCGAAAUCGACAUUCCUGCUUUUGCGUCAAGUUGCCGACCAGAGAACAAGCGAAUGCCUCGAAUGGAAUCGUGCGAUGCUGUUGUGCUGGAGGUUCGACGAAAAUUGUCACUCAGAAGCCACGAAUGACAACAGUCACUAAAAUUUUCCGCAACUACUGGGCACCGUUUCUCCAAAAAACAUCGACAAGGGUAAUCGUUUUAAUUACGUACCUCGGAUACAUCAUAGGAGGGUCGUAUUUCCUUCUGGGUAUCACAGUAGGUGACACUCCGGGUCUCAUGGCCACUUAUGACACCCCCUGGUACAUUUUCCACGAAAUCAUACUUCAGGAUUUCUCCUACCUCGGUCCCAGAUUCCAGGUUGCCAUUUACGAGCACUUGGAUUACUCUGAUCCUGGAGUUCAAGAAACUAUUGAGAAAAUGACCAAGGAAUUGGAGGCUCAUCGUUGGAUAGGAGAAGAUAUUUACACGGACUCUUGGAUCCGAGGAUUUAAAGGGUUCGUGCGGCUAAACGGCGAAUAUUUGCCGUUGAACGUGUCCCGGGAAUCGGAAUUCGUCGACACUCUUCGCCAGGAUGAAAUUCUACCAAGGUACACUGUACAAGCACUGAGUGUGGCAGCUGCAGCCAUGUUGGCAGUGGCAUAUCUGUUCAUCCCCAGCUUCUCUGUGGCACUUUGGAUUGCAUUCACAAUGGUCUCUAUGCAAGUGGGUGUGGCAGGUUAUGUGGUGCCCCUGGGGGCCCAAGUGAACCUCACGGUUGUCAUUGGACUGCUCAUGUGCAUUGGAUUCUGCGUCGACUUUGCGUCGCAUAUUUCAUAUGCUUUUGUCACGUCCGAGUCAGAGGAUCCUGCGGAAAAGAUCAAAGAUGCCCUGGGGAAACUCGGCUGGCCUAUUUUACAGGCAGCAUGCACGACGAUUUCUGGCACAGCCUUCCUCAUCGCCAUGCCAACAUACAUGUACCACGUCCUUGGAACCAUCACAACCUUCAUCAUGGUCUUCGGGCUUUUCCACGGCCUCGUCAUCCUGCCAAUACUUCUAGAAAUCACUGAACGACUCAAGUAUAAAUGCACGAAAUCUAAAAACUCGACACUUCGAAGCCCUCAUUCUCGUCCAUCGGAUCACCAGCAGCAAAUCUCCAUCAUUUCCCCACCUGAUCCGUCCCCGAAGAGUUCUCAUCAGUACAUGUUUCGGUCCACUCAUAGUCCACGUUUCUCUGCUGUUGCUGCCUGGGUUCCGGACGGGGAAUACCGGAAAAAGGCGACGGAAGACGAUGCCAAGCGAUGGUAUCCAUCCACAACCACAAUCACCACCAAUUUUGAUGAAGAAUUCGGGAAUGCCCGACGACGAGACAGAACGGGAUCUGCGAUGACGCCGCGCACCGACUUCCACCAGGGCGCGGACAUUUUGAAAUCGCGAUGCCAAGGCCCUCUUCACAACAUCUUUGAGCUGGUCUACAAAAGAAAAUUCCCCGUCACUUCUGCCUUUUUCCCCUUGAUGAAGGACAAUCACAUAACCCCAAUUGAGAUCCAAAGUGUAGUGAACUUGCUGAGGACAGACUUGAGCUGGAGUAUUGCCCACUGUUUGGUCAUCAUGGACUAUUAUCACCUGUUCUCAGUCAAAAGACUCCAGGCACAUUUGGAUGAGUUGGACAAUUCAGGAGAUGCACCAAUACAUUUGGCCAUGAAACUGAAAAGAAUCCAGUGCUUCAAAGCCCUGAUUGCAAAAGGUGCAAGGCUUGACAUUUUAGAUAAAGCUGGCAACACUAUCUUCCACUUUGCUGCAACUCUGGGCACUGAUUGCAUGGAGGCUUUGGGGCCAUUCAAAUAUUCCCCAUUGAUCAACAUGUUGAAUGAUAAGCACGUGAUUCUUACUUGCUCCAUGAUUUGGGGAGAAAGUCCACUGUAUCUGGCAUGUGUGUCCAAGCUGUCUCCAACAGAGUUAUUGGACACUGUGUUCUACCUGUUGAGGUUUGGUUCUGACCCAAACAUGGCUAUGUAUGGGGGAAGGAACACUGCCCCACCUGUGAGAACUGCUGGGGAUCUCUUUGGAUGCAAAGCAAUCACCAGGUUGUCCCGGUUUGAUCCUAAAUUGUCAGGGCAACUAUUUGAGGACAUUUGCAGCAAGUACUAUGAUGAAUUUUAUGCUGUGGAGAUGAAAUUUGGUGGGAAUCCUUUGCAUUGGAUAAGGUCCAGAAUGCCUGUUUUGGAUCUUGUGAGAGCAAGUUGCUUGCUUGAGGCCAGGAACUUUGAAGGAGACACUCCAUUCCACAUGGCAGUCCAUAAUGGUCAUCUGGAUGUUUGUUCAGCACUAAUUGGCUAUGGGUCCAACAUUAAUGCAAGAGAUUUGAGAGGAAAUACUCCCCUGCACAUUGCUGUCAAAUACCCCAGUUUGUUCAUGAGCAUGCUUCUAAUAUGUUCAGGUGCUUCUCCACUGCACAUUGCAUCAUCCAUGAAUGCACCCAAGUAUAAGAAAAAGAAUUUAGCCUAUGUGCUAGGCAUCAUGGGAGCCAAAAGAUGCAAAAAUGGGCUUCCUCUGCAAUGUGGCAAAAUGUGUUGUUUUGGUGGUUCUUCUUGUCCAGUGAAUGUUUUGAAAGCCAGGUGUACCUUGGCAGCAGACUGUGAUUAUGAUAAGGACUCUGAGCUUUGCUACAACAGUUCUGAUUCUGACUGUGGUCCAAUGAGACCUAGGCGACAAUUCGAUCAAGUGGUGAAUGACUUGGGGAAUGCCUUGGGAAGAACAAAACUGUUCAAGGAAGGUUGUGAAGCCCCUUUGCCAAAUGAGUACCAGUACUUUCGCAGGAGGUUUUCAGCUGAUAAAGACUCAGAAUUCGCACGUGGAGAUUCAGUGUGUUCUUUCAGUGACUUGGAUGAACUGAUCCAAGAUGAACCAGAAGACAUGGUCAUCAGCCUUGGCACAGAAAUCAGGGACAGGUUCAAGGAUAGAAUCAUCAGUGUUCCAAGUCCUAGAGGAAGUGCUAAGAUUCUUUGCCUGGAUGGAGGUGGUAUCAGGGGUCUACUGACCCUGCAAAUGCUGAUGUGCAUUGAAGAUGCUGUUGGAAAAUACCCUCUGAAUUUGCUGUUUGAUUGGGUCUGUGGAACAUCUACAGGGGCAUUUCUGGCCUUGUUAGUGGCAAAAGGGAUGCCAGCCAGGGAUAUUUUGAGAGUUUAUUUGAACACAAAAGAUAGGGUUUUCUCUGGUCCAAGACCAUAUGAUUCACAUCCUCUGGAAGAAACUUUGAAGCUCAUGCUUGGACCAUACACAGUCAUGAGUGACUUUAAUAACUUGAAGGUAUUCAUUACAGCUACUAUGACAGACAGGUUUCCUGCUGAGCUGCAUCUUUUCAGGGCUCAAGGAGUGUACUGUGAUGGUGGUUUGGUAGCCAAUAACCCCACAUUGGAUCUCUUGACUGAACUAUGGGAAUUCAAUAUCGCACUGAGAGGUUCUAAUAACCCCAAACAUAGGAUUUUAAGGCCAACAUUGGUUGUUUCUCUGGGCACUGGUUUGAACAUCAUGGAACAGCACAUGGAUAAUAUGGAUAUUGAAUUCCCUGAUAGUGUUGGAGCCCUGAUCAGGACAGUAAACAACCUGAAAACGCUGUUGAAGCAUGUAGUGGAGCUUAGCACUUGCACAGAUUUCCAGGUUGGUGACAGAGCAAGAGCCUGGUGUGGAAUGGCAGGAAUCCCUUACUUCCGGUUCAAUCCCACGCUCUUCAACUACAUGGAGCUCAACGAGACCCAAGAUGGCCGCGUCGUGUUGGCCAUGUUCGAAACCAAGCUGUACAUGAUGAAAAACGAAUCUCGCAUCAGAGAAAUGGUCCAUCACCUCAUCUGAAAAAUCCAACCCCCCCCCCCCCCCUCCAAGCGAAAAUGGCAAAAGAAAUCUAAACGUAAUAACAGAAAAGAAAA